AUGUGCAAAUCCUCACCAGAAAAAGGUUUACUGGUGCCUGAGAUGGCUGGCUUUAGGCUGUGUAAACCUGGAACACUGGGAGUGGCUACCUUUGUCCCCUUUAGGGAGGUCCUGCCUGAAAAUCACCAAGACCCUGUGACCGUAUGCUUCGGCAGGACCGGCAUCGUGGUGCCCUGCAAGGAGGGCCAGCUGUGCGUCCGGGAGCUCACGCAGCAGGCGCUGCAGCGGUACCUGAAGACCCGGGAGAAGGAUCCUGGCUACUGGGUGAAGAUUCAUCAUUUAGAAUAUACAGAUGGAGGAAUCCUGGAUCCAGAUGACGUCUUGGCAGAUGUUGUCGAAGACAAAGAUAAGCUGAUUGCUGUGUUUGACGAACAAGAACCACUCCACAAGAUUGAGAGCCCCAGUGGAAACCCGGCAAGUCGGCAGAGCCCAGACGCUUUUGAGACAGAAGUGGCUGCCCAACUGGCUGCGUUUAAACCAAUUGGUGGGGAAAUUGAAGUAACCCCUUCUGCUCUGAAAUUAGGCACGCCACUGCUGGUGAGGAGAAGCAGUGACCCAGUGCCAGGCCCACCUGCUGACACUCAGCCGAGCGCUUCACACCCCGGUGGCCAGAGUCUAAAACCUGUUAUUCUAGAUUCCACACAGAACUUAGAAGACGGAGAAGUUAUGAAUGGUGUACAGACAGAAGUACUGACAUCACCGAGAGUCAAGGAUGCACUGAGUGAUAUGACAAGAACAGUGGAGAUUUCUGGGGAAGGAGGCCCCUUGGGAAUACAUGUAGUGCCCUUCUUUUCAUCUCUGAGUGGAAGGAUUCUAGGACUCUUCAUCCGUGGCAUUGAAGAAAAUAGCAGGUCCAAACGGGAAGGACUAUUUCAUGAAAAUGAAUGUAUAGUAAAAAUCAACAAUGUGGACCUCGUAGACAAAACCUUUGCUCAUGCUCAAGAUGUCUUCCGUCAGGCAAUGAAAGCUCCAAGUGUGCUCCUCCAUGUGCUUCCACCUCAAAACCGUGAGCAGUAUGAAAAAUCAGUCAUCGGACCUCUGAACAUUUUUAGUAACAAUGACAGUGUUCUGAGAACAAAGCCUCCACCUUCUGUCCAUGGAAAAUCAGGAAUAAAGACAAUAAAUCUCACAGGAACAAGCAGCCCUGAAGAAGAUGCAUCAACCUCCCUACAACAAAGCAAGAGCCCUCGGGUGCCAAGACUAGGCAGAAAGCCACCCUCUCCCUCACUCUCCCCUCUCAUGGGUUUCGGCAGCAAGAAAAAUGCAAAGAAAAUUAAGAUUGACCUUAAGAAAGGCCCUGAAGGACUUGGUUUCACUGUAGUUACCAGAGACUCUUCCAUACAUGGUCCUGGUCCCAUUUUUGUAAAAAACAUUUUACCAAAGGGAGCAGCAAUAAAAGAUGGCCGCCUACAAUCAGGGGACAGAAUUUUGGAGGUAAAUGGCAGAGACGUCACUGGACGAACUCAGGAAGAGCUCGUGGCCAUGCUGAGGAGCACCAAGCAGGGAGAGACAGCAUCGCUGGUCAUUGCCCGCCAAGAAGGAACUUUUCUACCCCGAGAGCUGAAAGGAGAACCUGACUGCUAUGCUCUCUCCCUGGAAACAACUGAGCAACUUACCUUUGAGAUCCCCCUGAAUGAUUCUGGUUCUGCUGGUCUUGGUGUGAGCUUGAAAGGGAACAAAUCUCGAGAGACUGGAACAGACUUGGGGAUUUUCAUCAAAUCCAUCAUCCAUGGAGGUGCUGCUUUUAAGGAUGGCCGUCUGCGGAUGAAUGACCAGCUGAUUGCAGUUAAUGGGGAAUCUCUUUUGGGAAAGUCCAACCACGAAGCUAUGGAAACACUUAGGCGAUCGAUGUCCAUGGAAGGAAACAUACGAGGGAUGAUCCAGCUGGUGAUUCUGAGGAGGCCAGAGAGACCGAUGGAGGAGCCUGCAGAAUAUGGGGCAUUUUCUAAAUCAUGCUUUGAGAACUGUCAAAAUGCUGUAACCACCUCCAGGAAGAAUGAUAACAGUACAUUGCAUCCGUUUGGGACUUACAGUCCACAAGACAAACAGAGAGAGCCACUGCUUCCCAGUGACGAAUGGGCUGAGAGCGAAGUACCACCUUCUCCACCACCACAUCCCAUUCUGGAAUUGGGCCUUGAAGAUUACAGCCACAGCUCUGGGGUAGAUUCAGCAGUAUAUUUUCCAGAUCAGCACAUCAACUUCAGAUCUGUGACACCAGCCAGGCAGCCUGAAUCAAUGAAUCUGAAAGCCUCAAAGAGCAUGGACCUUGUGCCAGAUGAAAGCAAAGUCCAUUCAUUGGCUGGACACAAAUUGGAAUCUCCAGGCAAAGGUUUCGGUCCAACUCUGGGUUUGAAAAAGUCCAGUUCCUUGGAGAGCCUGCAGACUGCCGUUGCCGAGGUCAGGAAGAACGAACUUCCCUUCCACAGGCCCCGACCACACAUGGUCCGCGGCCGCGGCUGCAAUGAGAGCUUCAGAGCAGCCAUUGACAAAUCUUACGAUGGACCUGAGGAACUGGAAGCUGACGGUCUGUCUGAUAAGAGCUCUCACUCCGGCCAAGGAGCUCUGAAUUGUGAAUCUGUCCCUCAGGGGAACUCUGAGCUAGAGGACAUAGAAAAUAAAGCCAGGAAAGUCAAAAAAACGAAAGAGAAAGAGAAGAAGAAGGAAAAGGGCAAAUUGAAAGUCAAGGAGAAAAAGCAGAAAGAGGAAAAUGAAGAUCCGGAAAGGAAAAUAAAGAGGAAGGGAUUUGGUGCCAUGCUGAGGUACAGACUUGCGUUGGAGGCAAAAUUUGGAAAGAAGAAAGACGAUAAGGGUGGGAAGGCUGAGCAGAAAGGUCCUCUAAAGCAUGGUGGCCUGAGAGAAGAGGAGCUGGAGAAAAUGAAAGAAGAACGUGAAAGGAUUGGAGCAAAACAUCAGGAGCUAAGGGAAAAGCAGGCAAGAGCUCUUGUUGAUUAUGCUACUGGUACAAUUGGAUCACUGCAUGAUAUGGAUGAUGAUGAAAUGGACCCCAAUUAUGCCAGAGUGAACCACUUCCGGGAACCAUGUGCAUCAGCAAAUGUCUAUAGGUCUCCAUCUCCCCCUCGGGCUGGACCACUGGGUUAUCCUCGAGACGGCCGUCCACUGUCUCCAGAGAGAGACCACUUAGAAGGUCUCUACGCCAAGGUCAACAAGCCAUACCAUCCACCAGUGCCAGUUGACAGUGGCCGUCCCAUGAGUGGAAGUGCUGACCGCAUUCAGAGGUUGCGGAAGGAGUAUUAUCAGGCUCGGAGGGAAGGUUUUGCAUUAUAUGAGGACGACGAAGGAAGAGCAAGGCCAUCUGAUUAUGACCUGCACUGGGUGUCUGGAAAGGGUCCAGAUGGAAAUACACACAAUCUCCGCUUUGAGGGGAUGGAGAGACAGUACGCAUCUUUACCCAGGGGCGGACCAGCUGAUCCUGUAGACUACCUGACGGCAGCACCUCGAGGACUCUACAAGGAGAGGGAGCUUCCAUAUUACCCAGGGGCUCAUCCCGUGCAUCUCCCCAAAGGGAGCUACCCCCGCCCCCCGGAUCUGAGGGUCGCCGACCUCCGGUAUCCCCAGUAUUACCCACCCCCACCAACCCCCCAGCACAAAGGACCCUUUCGCCAAGAUGUUCCGCCUUCGCCUCCUCAGCACCACAGAGUGCCAGCCUAUCAGGAAAUGGGCAGAGCAGGGCCCCGAGGGGGCAGCCCAGACCAGUACCCCUACCGAACCCAGGAUCCCCGGCAGAAGAACCCCAUGACCGCAGCUGUGUAGCCGAACACCACCAAGCCCAGCACAGCCCAGAAAGGAAGACAUCCAACACCACCUUGGCCCUUCCUUCAGGCCUUCUUCCUGUUAAUUCUCCAUGGUACAGAUUAAGUUGUUUUCACUGAGGUUGUUAACACCUGACUGCUAAUCAGAGGGAAAAGGAAGGGACAAGAGUUUGGAGGGGAAAUAUCAGAAGCAAGAGAAAGGAUAGAGCCGUAAAAAUAAUACUGCCUGAUAUUUGAAAUGCUUUUAGAAUGGUUCGAUUCAAUGAGGGCGGCAUUCGAGUGGGCAAACAACAAAGGAGAGGUACUACCUGGUGCCUCCCUGGCCGGGCGACCUGCGUGAGCAUGCCCGGUAGAGUUGGCAGCACUGGCGCAGACUCUGCUCUGGGUCGUCAUCCAUUCGGAAGCCGACCUUUGGCCCCCUUAUCAAAGUUGUUAAGUCUGAAGAGUGGCUGCAAAUAUGGGCAUCUUAAGAGAGUAAUUUUUUUUAAUGAGGGGGAAAAAAAAAACCAGCAAACGUGACUUGUGAUCUUGAACUAUUUUCUACCCAGAGGAAGACUGCAUUUCUUUAUUUGUAGAAUUUCUCAGGUUCCUGGUACCAUUCAUUUGGUAUUCGUGUUUCACGUUUCCUCAUUUUUUUAUAUAAAAGAUGCAAAUGCAGUAUUAGUGUCCUGGGAGAAUGUGAAAAGUUAGUUGGAGCUUCCAGAAGGAUUAUAUUCCAAGGACCAAGGUGAUCUGGGUCAGAGGCUGAAACUCCUGGGAUCCUCGCUUUUCUUCCUCCCACAUCCCAGGCACAAAAGCAUGGAGAUAUCUGGUUUCAGAGUCAUCCUCAAAUCUCCUGCCUGUCAUUAUUGUAACAGGGGCCUUUUUUUUAAGGCUCCCACUUGAGGGCUAAAGUGUACUUGAGAAAAAGAACCACGGAUUAUGUCACACAGGAAGCAAUGCCCUGGAGGUGCCAAUUCCAGACUCAGUGCCAAACAGUGCCAUCUGCACCCGGGGAUGGGGAGGGGCUGACUGUGACCUUUGGAGAUUGAUAGCCAGCAGGUAGUAGAGGGAGGUGACUGACAGAUAUAUGUGUAUAUAUGUGUGUGGGUGUGAAAGUGCGUGAUUACCAGUGUGGAGAAUGGAAGAUAAAAAUGUCUUCUGGAAAUGUUGAUGAGUAAGGGAAUAAUAAAGAAAAAAAAAAAAACAGAAGGGAAAGGAGAAGAGGCAUAAAAAUAAGUCAUUCUGUAUCUGCUAUAUUUCAUUAACAAAAGUCAGGGCAAGACCAAGGCCAGGGUCUUCAAUUGGAAAAUGAAAGUCAUGGCUUUGAAAAGCUGAAACCCCACCCUCCAAAACCCAUCACCAUUUCUUUUGAGCUUUGCAGCUAUUUUCUACUUAUUUCAACAGACCAUCUAAAACUUACAACCUGACCCAGACAGAGAAUGCAAACAAAAGACUGAGAAACAGUAAAACCUGGGAGCAGCAGUUUGUAUUAUUCAGUGACUCUUGAAAUACUUUAAGCCUUUCACAUUUCUUCUUCAUUCCCUCCCCAAAAUAAAAAUGUCUUGAGUUCAGUUUAGAGGUAUUUUGGCUGAGAUUAGAAUACCUCUGACUGAUAGGAUUUAAUAAAUUAUGGUAUUAUUGAAUAUGUAGAGUACCCAUCUAAUCCAGUUUAGUCUUUUUUUUUUUUUUAAUUUAAAAUAGAGUUUUGUUACCAAGAAUGAUGCAACUGCUGGUUUUAGACUUAAAUAGUGUUAUUUACUGGACUUUAAGAGAUGUCAUUUUCUAAACUACAAUUUACUUAUGGCUCUCUUGAAAAUAAACUUUCAAAUAGUUUGUUGCCCUCUGUCAUCUCUCUUAAGCCAGGCACCUUUACAUUGUUUGCAAUGUGUGCAAAGAAGUUGAGGAUCUCAGGCCCUGGUCACCUAGAGAUGGAGUGGAGGUGAGCUGCAGGGUAUCGCCGCCAAUGUGCCGAAUGCUGCCUUCCCCUCAAUCUAAAUAAAUAUUUACGAAGAAAAUGGCAAGGUGAGGGAAAUGUAACUUGUUUUAAAGCAUUAAAAAUCUGCUCUCUAGUAUGUUUCAUUGUUUAACCAAAUAUCUGUGGACAAGCUGGAAUGCUCCUUCUGGAUUAAGGUCAAGGCCACACAAGGGGUGACCAAGGGAGGUAGUAUGAAGUGAGAUAUCCUCUGUGUAUGGGAGAAGCAGCCCUUCUAGGAAGAAUGUCCAUAUUUUCAUCACUGUUGCCACCUUGAGAGCAGAAUACCUCCUGCAGGCAGGCUCAGGGUAAGCUGCUCCAAGCAUGGUUUUGUUUUGUAUAUACGGUCAAUAAAACAGUUGCUAAUCCUAACAUGCAGGCGAUGAUGUGAAGGUAUAUUAAAGUGGACCACAAAAAGAUUAUAGCAGUUUUCUUGCUUGAAGUAUAUAAUACAUGCCCCAUUUGACCCUGCCCAAAAGAAGCUAACAUUAUAUGUAUGAGAGAGGACCUGUCAAGCCAAGCAACAAUUAAGAACAGCUUGAAUGUAAGCUUUAUAAAUGCCUGUGCACCUACCCUCCGCUUGUCACCACCCAGAGGUUACCGAGCUCUUUCCCAAUAGUUAGGAGAACAGGUUGUUUAGAGCAUUUAGAAGACCAGGCUAUAAUCAGUAGGUGCGUAGUAGUAGGAAAUAGUUCCCGAUUUAUUUAUGGCCUUGGAAAAACUCAAUCAGGUGUCUCAUUGUAGCUCAGAAUGCUAAUAGUCUCCCAGGAAUAGACAAACGGAGAGACAAACUCAUCAACAUAUACCCACCUGGCUCCUGAUCUGACCGCUGGGUCAUUUAAGCCUUGAAGUGAUGUUUUGGCCUCAAGUCACUAGAUAUUUUAAAGCGCUCCGCUUUCAUCCCUUUUUGCAGGAAUAGAGAGAUGAAAGGGAGCAAACCACUGAAAACUUUUUGACGCUGGAGAAUUUAGUCCUCUGCAAGGGAGAGAAACACAGUAUCCUGUAUCAAUGAUACACAGUAACAGUGAUACACAGUAACCUGUUGUAUCACUGAGCUGUGGCAAUAUCACUCUUGAUAUAAUAAUUGUUUCCCCACACUAUCAAACCAGUGGAUGAAAGGCAAGCUCAAAGGUGAGCAUUUACUUAAAUCAUGAUUGAGUAACAAACCAAAUUUGGGGAAGAAAAUUACCGCGAAGUUCAUUAUUCAUAGAUUCUUAAGUCUAUAUGCAUUGACCCCCAUAGGUGAACACAGAGCAAAGAUCUUAUAUUCAGGAGCAUGGCGAGAUCCCCCUGUCAACCUGUGGAGGAAACCGCACACAUUGCCUGAUAGGAGAGAUUCGACACUUCGCUGUCGCUUGUUUUUGCCAUCAACUAAAUAAAAUUAAAACAUGAUUCAUUGUUCCUUCCAAAGAUUCAUGAACGUCAGAAUUAAAUCUAUCUUCUGAAGGAAAUCCACCUGAUGGCUUUUGGAGUUGCCAUGCUCAGAGGUGGUACACAUAGAGAUCAAGUCUAUGAGUGUUUAUUCUCCUAACCUGUAACCGCCACAUUUAUCAUUAUUAUUAUUAAUUAUCAUUAUUUUGGAGGAACAUUUCAGGGGGAUAGAUCUGGAGAGUUUGGUGUGGAGAGGAAUGUGUGUCUGUAAAAUUUCCAUUGGCAUUAAACUCUGAAAUCCACAACGAAUGGCCUUCAAACCAGUGCUAAACCGGUGGGUAGACACCCUGCUGCUUUCUGAGUCCGCGAGCAACAGAAAGCCCGGAUUUGGCGCAAAUAGGCAGGAGGGAGUUGGAUUCAGAAACAGUCCACAGCAGGAUUUCUCUGCACUCCCAGUUCACGCUGGCUUUGGUGGAAAUGAUGUCAUAAUGAGACCACACAAAGAGGAUUCUCCAUAAGAUAUCCCUACAAAGUCACCUUUCUGAUAAAAAAAAAAAAAAAGAAUCAAAGUUAGAUAUCUAAAAUAAGCCUAGAACCUCCUAU